GUCAAGAUAAAGCACACGCGUAUUGUUGGUCUCUCACGGUGCUUUGACACUCGUUCUAUCUCGCUAUCUUUGCUGUCGCAUUGACAGAUGAUAUUGAUCGAUCAAUGCAUAAUAGUGACACGUAAUUUAAAUUCGAAUUCAAACACUUUAUGGUGCGUCAUUCAAGUGAAUCACAUUUAUAAAUCGGACACCUUACAGCUAUAAUGAGCAAUUAUUUUAAAGAAGGCUUUAAAAACGUGGUACUAACAGAAAAUUCGGGAAAACAUAAAGGCGAUUAUAAAUGGAAGCUUGUUUGGGAUAGAAUCUUCAUUUUAACGUACUUUCAUUUUGCCAGCAUCUACGGACUGUAUCUAGGUUUUUUACAUGCUAAACUUUGGACAAUCAUUUGGUCCUGGGGUUUUUAUAUCGUUGCGGCGCUAGGCACCACUGCUGGUUCUCAUAGAUUAUGGUCCCAUCGAUCUUACAAAGCAAAAUGGCCGAUGAGAUUAAUUCUGACAGUCUUUCAGACCAUUGCUUUUCAAGGCCCUAUUUACGCGUGGGUCAGAGAUCACAGAGUGCAUCACAAAUAUACAGAUACUGAUGCAGAUCCGUACAACUCGCGCAGAGGAUUAUUUUUCUCGCACGUUGGCUGGCUAUUAAUUCGUAAACAUCCGGAAGUCGUUAAUAAAGGUGCUAUGAUAGAUUGCAGCGAUCUCGAACAAGAUCCCUUCGUCGUCUUUCAGAGGAAGUGGUAUGCACAUUUGGCGAUUCUAUGCUGCUUUAUUCUGCCAACAUUGAUACCUUGCUUGGCGUGGAAUGAGACUCCAUCGUGUGCAUGGCAUCUUAUCAUCUGCGCGCUCUAUUUAAAUCUCCAUGGAACUUUUUCGGUGAAUUCCGUGGCUCACAAAUGGGGAACAAAACCAUAUGACAAAUCAAUAUCGCCCGUCAAUAAUAUUGGAGUUUCUGCCAUAACAUUAGGCGAGGGCUGGCACAACUAUCACCAUAUUUUUCCUUGGGAUUACAAAGUCGCCGAAUUAAAAUAUUUGAUCGAUUUCACUACAGUUUUCAUUGAUUUUUUCGCUUGUCUAGGUUUGGCUUAUGAUUUGAAAACCGCAAAAGUUGACAUGAUAAAGAAACGUAUUCUUCGAAACGACGGAACAAUUAAUGAAAUCAAGCACGAAGAAUAAAAUGUAAAGAAUCAUUUUCUUAUUCUUAUCAUUUCUUAUUAUUAACGGCCCUGCUGUUGUCCGGAUUCCGUGAUCAAGAAGAUUGUUUAUAAACAACGAGAAUCAGCUGGGAGUUGAAAAACAGCUAUCAAGCUGUUCGGAUGCGUUUUCAUUUACGAGCCAUAAUUGUGUUAUUACCCAUACAGCACACGAAGAUUGUAUACACAUUGCAGCCAUUUUUCACCUCAAUAUUGCAACAUUGCAAAUUCACUGCAGAAUUUGCUGCACCAUUGCUGUGGGAUUGCAGCAGCGUUAAAAUGUCCGCUUUUAGGAAUAUUACAAUGUAAGAUUGUAGUAAUGUUAUGAUGCAAUGUAUUUGUAAUCGUAAAACGCGUUUUGCUACAAAUGCAGACCGUUUUAAAUU